AUGAGGUCAGCACAGCUUAACGUCACCCCUGUGACGUCACUGACCCUAGACGGUCUCGCGCUGCUGUCUGACCACACUUUACUCUUCUUCUUCUUCUUCUUAGCGGUUUACAUGUUCGUGGUGUUCAGUGACUCUCUGGUGGUUUAUCUCAUCUGUACGCGGCGGAAGCUUCGCCGUCCGAUGUUCGCCUUCGUGGCCGCGGUUCUGCUGAACUCUCUCGCGGGCAGCGUGGCGGUUUAUCCCAAACUUCUGUCCGACGUGCUGUCGGGCCGCGGCUUCGCGCAGGUGUCCCGCUCGUCGUGUCUGUGUCAGGCCUUCGUGGUGUUCUCUCUGGGCGGCUCCAGCUUCAUGCUGCUGUCGGCCAUGGCCUUCGACCGCUACCUGUCUAUCUGCCGCCCGCUGCGCUACGCCGCGCUCGUGUCUCCUGCCGCGGUUGCGGCGCUGCUGCUGCUCUGCUGGCUGCUGCCCGCGGGGCUGGUGGGCGGCGCGGUGCUGCUCGCCAGCCGCCUGCCGCUCUGCCGCUCGCGGCUCAGCAGGAUUUACUGCGACGUCUACAGCUUCGUCAGACUGAGCUGCGGCGGCGGCGCGGCGCUGCUGAGCGAAGUGUACGGACUGCUGUGCUCCGUCGUCAUUGUCUUUCUGCCCGCCGUCUUCGUGCUCUUCUCCUACGGCAAAAUCCUCUCCAUCUGUCUGCGGCGCUCGCGGGCCUUCAGCAGCAAAGCCCUGCACACCUGUCUGCCUCACCUGCUCGUCUUCAUCAACUAUUCGCUCAGCACCGCCUUCGAGCUGCUCCAUCGCCAGCUGCAGGCCAGGGGCGAACCCGCCGCCUCCACGCUCUGCUCCGUCCUGAUUUUAGUGGUCCCGACCGUCAUGAACCCGGUGGUGUACGGUCUGAAGAUGAAGGAGAUCUUUAUACACCUGAAGCAGCUUCUAAGCUGCCAGAGAGCCGCUUGA